GGUGCCGGCGGCGGAGCAGUAAAGAUGGUCGCGCGCGGGUCUCCGCCUUCUGCUCCUGGCUGACGCGCUCUGAGGGAGGCGGCGGCGGCCCCGGGGCAGCAGCGACCUAGCGGCGGCAGGGCGGCCGCGGCCGCCGGCCCGAGCGAUGGCCGAGCUGGAGCACCUGGGCGGGAAGCGGGCCGAGUCGGCGCGCGCGCGGCGGGCGGAGCAGCUGCGGCGCUGGCGGGGCUCGCAGACCGAGCAGGAGUCCGCCGAGCGGCAGACGCGUGCCCGCCGCGGGGCCCCCCGCGUCCGCUUCGAGGACGGCGCGGUCUUCCUGGCUGCCUGCUCGAGCGGGGACAUCGACGAGGUGAAGAGGCUCCUGGCCAGAGGGGCCGACAUCAACACGGCCAACGUGGACGGCCUGACAGCCCUGCACCAGGCCUGCAUCGACGAGAACUUGGACAUGGUCAAGUUCCUGGUGGAGAACAGGGCCAGCGUGAACCAGCAGGACAACGAGGGCUGGACGCCCCUGCAUGCAGCGGCCUCCUGCGGCUACCUCAACAUCGCAGAGUACUUCCUUAACCAUGGAGCCAGCGUGGGCGUCGUCAACAGCGAGGGCGAGGUGCCCUCCGACCUCGCGGAAGAGCCUGCCAUGAAGGACCUUCUUCUGGAGCAAGUGAAGAAGCAAGGGGUCGACCUCGAGCAGGCGCGGAAGGAGGAGGAGCAGCAGAUGCUGCAGGACUCGCGGCAGUGGCUCAACAGCGGGAGGAUCGAGGACGCCCGGCAGGCCCGCUCGGGGGCCACCGCCUUGCACGUGGCUGCUGCCAAGGGCUACUCCGAGGUCCUCAGGCUGCUGAUCCAGGCCGGCUACGACCUGGACGUGCAGGACCACGACGGCUGGACGCCCCUCCACGCCGCAGCGCACUGGGGCGUGAAGGAGGCGUGUUCCAUCCUGGCCGAGGCCCUCUGCAACAUGGACGCCAGGAACAAGCUGGGCCAGACCCCGUUCGACGUGGCCGACGAGGGCCUUGUGGGACACCUGGAGAUGCUGCAGAAGAAGCAGAGCGCGCUUCGAAGUGAAAAGGAGACGCGGAAUAAGCUCAUUGAGUCGGACCUGAGCAGCAGGUUGCAGAGUGGACUCUUUGAGAACAAGGAGAAGAUGCUUUACGAGGAGGAGACGCCCAAGUCCUGUGACCUGGAGGAGGAGAACAAGGAAUCCAGCAGCUCCAGCUCAGAGGAGGAGGGCGAAGACGAAGCGUCCGAGUCCGAGGCCGAGAAGGAGGCAGAUCGAAGGCCAGAGGCCGUGGCCAACCACCCCAGCUCGGAAGGGAAGGGCAGCGCCACGGACCCCGUCCCAGCACCAGCGCAGGACACCUCUGCCCCCUCAGCCCUGAAGCUCUCCAGCCUUCUUAACAAGCUGGAGGAGCCCAGGGACGAGUCUCCUUCCUCGUGGCGCCUGGGGCUCAGGAAGACUGGCAGCCACAACACGCUGAGCAUGGCGGCCGACACCAGGGAGGCCGCGAGGGCCCGGGGCGCCGCCCUCUCCCGCUCGGCGUCCAGCCCGCGCAUCUCCGCUCUCCUGGACGGCAGAGACCAGGCAAAAGAAGGCAGAAGCGGCCUCAGCUCCCUGGGGCCCCGGAAGCUCAGCAGCACCAGUGACGCUGAGGAGAAGGAGAACAGAGAAUCGGCUGCCAACCUGGUGAGGAGCGGCUCCUACACCCGGCAGCUGCGGAGGGAGGAGGCGAAGGGCGCCGAGCUGCCGCAGACGACCGCACCUUCCACCUACGUGUCGACCUACCUAAAGAGGGUCCCUCACAAGGCCCCGGGCGACGCCCCCGCGGAGAGGACGGACGCCGUCUCGCCGAGCACCCCUCUGUGCGUGAUCACCAACCGCCCCCUGCCCAGCGCUGCCAACGGGGUCCCAGCUGCCACUCUGCUGGCCGCGCCCGGCACGGACUCCUCUGUGGGAGCCAGGGACAGACGGAGGUCCUACCUGACGCCCGUCCGCGACGAGGAGGCCGAGUCUCUGCGGAAAGCGCGCUCCAGGCAGGCUCGGCAGACCCGCAGGUCAACGCAGGGCGUGACGCUCACAGACCUACAGGAGGCAGAGAGGACCUUCAGCCGGUCGCGGGCCGAGCGGCAGGCUCAGGACCAGCCUGGCCAGAAGCCCGCGAGUGCCGAGGGGCCGGGGGCCCGCACCGAGGGGCCGGAGCCUGCCACCGCCGUCCCCGCAGCGGACGCCGGGGAGGGCCGCCAGCCCGCCGGCCGGGCCCUGCGGGAGGAGCCCACGUAUCGCCGCCUGAGGGGCUCAGCGCAGCCAGACCAGCCCGCCUCGGCUGCGCCCCUGUCUGCCUCAGGGCCCCCGCUCUACACCAGCUCCUGCCUGCUGCGGGCGGGCAGGCUGCCGGCCCCCGCCUCGGAGCCUCCGGAGACGGCGGCGACAGACAGGGACGAGGGCGAAGAAGCAGGUGCGGAGGACCCAUCCCCCGGCGGGCUGUCCGUCCGGGAGCGGCGGCGGCUCAGGGAGCGGCGGAGGGGCACGGGCAUCAGCCUCUGGACCAAGGACGAAGAUGAAGCCGGUGGCUCUGAGGAGGUGAAAGAGGCGUGGCACGACAGGCUCUCCAGGUUGGAGUCGGGGGGCAGUAACCCUGCAGCCAGCGACCCCUACAGUGACCGGGCCUCGGCGCGCGCACGUCGGGAGGCCCGGGAGGCCCGCCUGGCCUCACUGACCGGCCGCGGGGAGGAGGACAGCGGCAGGGACUACAGGAAGCUCUAUGAGAAUGCGCUAACCGAAAACCAGAAGCUGAAGGCCAAGCUGCAGGAGGCCCAGCUGGAGCUGGCAGGCGUCAAGUCCCGGCUGGAGAAGACGGCCCAGAGACAGGAGAAGACGCCCGACAGGUCCUCGGUGCUGGAGGCAGAGAAGCGGGAGCGGCGUGCCCUGGAGCGGAAGAUGUCGGAGAUGGAGGAGGAGAUGAAGGUGUUGACAGAGCUGAAGUCCGACAACCAGAGGCUGAAGGAUGAGAACGGCGCCCUCAUCCGCGUCAUCAGCAAACUGUCCAAGUAGCUGCGGCCGCCGGCCGGGGGGGCCGGGCCAGUCCACUGCCCCUCCCGCUGAGGGAGGGCGUGCGCGGCCGGUCACUUGUCCCCGCCGCCUGCAGUCGCCUGCUCUGCUUCCCUCUGCACUCUGCUCCACGCACGCUGGGUUUUGCCACGGUUCUCACGGACGCCUGGCGUGACCGCCCGCGCCCCACGAAGGGGCCCGGCUGCCAGUCCUCCCCCGGUCCCUCCCCGGGUCCCACCCCGGCCAGAGCCUCCUGGCAGCUCCUGCCGGACCCUGUGCGGGACGUGCGAGGCCGCGGGCUGGGAGACCGGCCGUCGCGCCGCCUGUGGGCCCGUUUCUGCUCGGCCCCGGGGGCGGGGCGCACGGGGGCCCCUGCUGGCCGUCACCUCUCAGGACCUGGCCUUCCCUGCCCCUCGUGCCGGCAGCUCUCGAUCGACAACCGGCUGCGUCCCUGACCAGCCCUCGCGCCCUCCCCGGGGCUGGAGCGGCCCUGCUGCCGAGGCCUCUCCAACCACCUGCCAGCGCCGCCCAGGCCCCUCCCCGAAGGGCGCCCC